AUGCCCUCGCUCGGGGACCUGCUGCGCGACUGGCACCAGGGCGCGCAGGCCGUGGCGCGCGGGGACUGGGACUGCGCCCUGCACCUCUUCUCGAGCGUCUCGGAGCCGCCCGCCAGGGUGAGCUUCAACGUGGGCUGCGUGCACCUGCUGGCCGGGGACCCGGAGGCCGCGCUGCGGGCAUUUGACCAGGCAGUGACCAAGGACACCUGCUUGGCUGUCGGCUUCCUCCAGCGCGGAGUGGCCAACUUCCAGCUGGAGAGGUUCCAGGAGGCCCUGUCGGACUUCCAGCGCACCCUGGCCCAGCUGAGGGACAACACCACCAUCGACUACACCCAGCUGGGCCUGCGGUUCAAGCUGCAAGCCUGGGAGGUGCUGUUCAAUGUGGCUGCAGUGCAGAGCCAGCUGGGGCUCUGGGCAAAGGCCGCCUGCAUCCUGGGAGACGCCCUCUCCAAGGGGCCAGAAGGGGCCCGCAACGACCUGGACGUCGCCCUGGGCCAAGUGCAGAAACAGGUCCCCCUGCAGCCUCGGCAGGUCCCCAGGGGUGAGGUCUUCCGGCCUCAUAGGCUGCACCUGGAGCACCUGGAGCCUGUGGAUUUCCUGGGCAAGGCCAAGGUGCUGGCCUCCACCCUCCCCGCCGACUCACAGAGGGUCGCCCCGCCGCAGCCACAGGCUCUGGACGCGUGUGCUGAAGCCAGGCCCGGGGCCGCUGCAUGCCCUCCAGGCGGGGUGCUCCUCUCCAGCUCGGGGCUCUGCAGGCCCACCUUCCACGAGGCCUUGCCCGUGGGUGAGGCCUGGGGACGAGGGUCCCUCCUCUCCAGGGCCUGUGAGACUGCCCCUGGCAGAGCUGGCACCCCCUGCAGCCCCAGGACACCUGCUGACGCGGAGAUGGAGGUCAGCUCCAGCCAGGCUGGGCAGCACCACCACGGCACGCUGGUCACUCACGAGAGUGCCCACGGGGAGCAUGCUGGCCAGCAGGUUCCUCCAGGGCUGCUGGCAGCCGGAGGGCCUGGCCCUGGCCCCUCCGAGGAACCCGCCGGCGCUGGAGGCGUGACAUCGGGGGACUCUGAGUCCUUGGUGACCGUCACUGUGCAGUGUGCCCUCACCCUGACCCUGACGGCCCCGAGAGGAGCUGACUUGUCCAGCCUACGGGCCCUGAUGAGCCAGGCCCUGCCCCGCCACGCCCAGCAUGCCCAGCUCAGCUACCGAGACCCCAGCGAGGACGGGCGCUGGAUGCCCCUCUCUGGGGAGGAGGUGCUGCGGAGGGCCUGGCGGGACGCGGCCGGCCCCGGGGGUCUGCAGCUGCAGUGCCGGGGAGUGGGCGGCCGGCCUGUCCUUUACCAAGUGGUGGCCCAGCAUGUCUACUCCGCCCAGAGGCCCGAGGAUCUGGCCUUGCAGCCGGGAGACACAGUGGACAUCCUGUGCGAAGUGGACCAGGCGUGGCUGGAGGGCCACUGUGAUGGCCGCGUCGGCAUCUUCCCCAAGAGCUUCGCCGGCCCGGCUGCGCAGCACGCCUGAGGAGCUCGGCGGAGGAGGCCAGGGCGGGGAGGGUUUAAUAAAGGCCUCUGCCUCCCA